AUGCCCCCCGAUCUGGAGCCUCAGGGGUUGUUGCUCGCUGGGUGCAAUGCCUUCCGUGCACCGCCUGGGUGGCGCCUCCUACCCGCCCUGCAGUACGUUCGGGCAGACAGCCCCCUCCGGGAUGGGGAUGUUCUUGAGCUGGACCCGACUGCCGAUACGGUUUGGGACCCUACCGGACCGCCCCUGCAUAGCCUUGCGGGUCCGGCCACGGGCCCAGUUGCGCGCCCACGUUGGGGGCCCUCGCCUUCUGUUGCUGCGGCCAUUUAUGGUCGCUGGGCCUGGCUCGCUGUUCUUGCCGUCAGAUGGCCCCGGCUUUUCGCCCUUGCUUGCUUGGUUGGUGCCGGACAGGGCAUGGUUCCCGCUCCAGAUUUGCCGGAGCAGCCCAUACGUGUGGGUUUCUUCCCGUGGCGGGCCCCAGCCGCAGAGGCCGAUCUGGUGGAUCUCACCAACCGCACAGAGAUUGAUAUUGUCCUCCUUAGUCCCUUCACAGGUCCUCAAGAGGCUGGGCGACUGCCCACUGCCUCGACUACAGGAGAGCUCAAUGCUCUGACACGCUCCUGCGACCCAAAUUGGGGUGCUGAAAUUGCACCUGUGUGGCCGACAGCUGCCAUACCGGCCCUACUGGUUGUUCCCCGGCCCCCGACACCUGACCUUGUCUGCUUAGCGGUCUCCUCUUUAGAUCGGCACUUCUCCAUCCUAGUGCCUUGCACUACUUCUGUGUCCUGGCUGAGCGCGGCUCUCCGCUUCUUACAGCCCAUGCAAACUCUCUCUGUUCGAGCACCCAGCUCUCUCACAGCCGAUGCCACAUCUGAUCAAGCAGUGCGCUGGCGCUCUGGUGACCUGGUUGUUGCACUCCCUCCUGCGGCUUUUGUGCCCGAAUACCAACCUCCGUGCUUUCACUCUGACGCUCAAGUGCGGCAUUGCGCCAUCUGGGCUGUUGACUUUUCGGUCUCCACACGCGUCAGUUUCAUACUUUGGCGGCCCGCUGUUCGAGCCAUCCGGGGACACGCGCCGGCAGGCAGCCGCUGGCGCGCUCUUGACUAUACUUUUGACGGUGACUUUGGCCUCCAUUAUCCUGGGCGUUGGGUUCCUGUUCCCUGGAUUGCCCAGGAUCACGCCCACUUGGUUUUGCUGCCGGAGGACCCCUCGCGGGUCAAUGUCAUUGUGGAAGCAGACGGCCAUUGCUGGUGUGCCCUUGUCACAGCCGUUACCGACGCCUGGCAACUCUGGACUGAGCUCCCAUCUAUUUCCACUCAGCCGCGUGUCCUUGGUGUUCCACACCAGGAACUGCGCCAAGGGACGACCCUUCGCAGCGGCGAUGUUGUUUCCGGCUGUCCAGGGCACCCCCCCUCAUGUUGGCUUACCUGCUCUCUGGGGCUUGCGGCGUGGUGGGCACUCGGCCUUGCCUCCUCGGCCCCGGGCUACCUUCUCCUGCUUGCAUGGCUGAUCGCUCUUCCCCCGGUGUCGGGGGCGCGUCUUCCCCAUGAGAGCGACAGCCGACAGUGGUCUCUGGCAGCGCCAAGCUGCGACGGAUCAGCUGCCGAGCCGCCUGGCUUUCGCCACCGCCUCUGGGACCCUGCUAGGGGCCUCCUUGGGCCUUUUCCGGGGCCAUCUUUGUUUGCCCCAUCUGCUCUGCAGGAGGCUGCCCCAGCUUGGUCCGAUUUCACCAGAGUUCGUCCACCUCAGGACCACCGGUUCAUUGACUGGGUCCCGGUACCUUCGGCUCCGCUGUUUGCCACUGUUCUGAUCCAGUGCCCGCCUGCCACUAGGGCUGCACUCCUGCCCGCUACAUGUGCUGUGGCUGAUCUUGCACGAGCCAGCAGACGCUCUGUUCCUGACCUGUCAUACGUCUUGGCUCCCCCAGAAGCUUGGUGCGGUACUGCUACGACCUGUAACCCCACCUUAUUCCUCAGGUCUGGUGAUGUCCUGACUCUGGCCAGCGCCACGUGGGCCCCGCGCCUCCGCUCGCCUGUCGGGCGGUUCUGGGAAACUCUUCUCCAGGCACGUCAGCUGGCCUUUUGGGGCAGCCCCUUUCGCAUCAGGCAGCCUGGACUUCUCUUUGCAUGGACCCCGGGAGAUCCAGUCCCGCUUACUGUCCCCGCCACCAGUGAUGAACAGUGGGAUCCUGAGCAUUGUACUUUCCGCCCUUCUCUGGUCCGGUUUAGUGUCGGCCGCUGGAUUUCAGCAGCCCCGUUCGCGUUGUGCCUCGCCAUGGCGCUGAUGGACUUCUGCGGGAUGGUGACAGCGGCUCCCCUCUGGGCAGCGCUGCUUCCGUUGCUUGCCAGCUUGGUCGUUCGUGGGCGCCUGGGUCGGCACUGGUUCUUCCUUCUCAGUGCUUGGGUACUUCUGACUGGGCUGUUUCCGGGUAAGAUGGACCUUGGUUUUCUGCCGGUCCCCAAUGAAGUCCUUGCUCGGACUCGAGGUCCAUCGCCCAACGGAUUGGAUUUCGGGCUGCUUUCCCGCACCAGUUGCUAUCUUCGCGCAUGGGGGGCGCCAGAUUGGCACAGCCCGGAUGGAAUCUCCUGGGCGGCAGAUAUCCAUCAUGAGUGUGCCGCACAAGCCUCCUUGCACCAGCUUUGGUGGGCGCACGACCUAUUCCCGAACCUCCCGGCAUCCGCUCCAGCGCCUUGUCGCCAGGCUUUCUCUAGCUUCCCACUAUGGUCUGGCGGUGUGCCCGAUCAGGUUCUCAUCGCCACUGAUGGGAGCGGUGAGCGUGGAGGAGCAUGGGCCUUCUGCGUCUGGGUUUGGUGGCGUCACAAGUGGUACCGGGUUGGUUGGUUCGGUGCCGCGGGGGCCGAUACCCCUUGGAUCUCUGGCACUGCGGCCCCCGGGAGUGGUGUUUCCUUUCAAGCCGAGCUUUGGGCCCUGCAAGCCGCGGGCCUCUGGCUCCUUGCUUGGGCCGACCGCCUCUCCCUUCUUACGUCGGCAGCGCCUGCCAAGGUCACCAUUGCGGUUGACAAUGCCUCUGCGCUUCAGAUCGCGGCUGGGCAAGCGCAGGUCGGCAUUCUUCCCAAUACGAUCGCCGACUUUCUCGCCGGCUCCAGCGCUCUCCCACCGAGGGUUUUGGUCUCCUCGCCCCUGCCUCCUUCUCGGACCUUCAAGACGGCCUGGUCCUGGGAGCAUACUGGUGGCACCCGCAAGCGUCUGGAUCACGUCCUGCUCCAGGCUGGCCCCUGGUCAUGCCGUCGCACCCGACAGCUACCUGAGCUGGACAUUCUCAACAGUCGUCGGGAUCAUAUGCCUCUUCUGGUCGAGUGCGACCUCCGGGGCCAGGCCACCCGGCUCAAGGCGCCGGCCCCACCCCGCGCCACUGUGCACCAGGCACGAGCCAUCGCUGCUGAUCUCUGGGGAGCUCUCCCGUCCACUCUCAGGCACAUUGACAGCGUGGGUGCCGAAGUGCAGGCUCUUAAAACCCAGCACUCCUGUUUGCUUCGGGCCCUUCCUCGCCCUCCACGCCGCCCCAUCCGCCAGCCUUACAUCACAGCGGCCUCUGUCACCGCACUCGAUCGAGUUCGGCAGGCGCGAGAACAGCUCCCCCGGCUGCGAACCAAUUUAGAGUGGCAGCAGCGCCGUUUUCUCUUGCAAGUCUGGCGACUGGGUUGCACCCACCGACGCCCCGACGCUGUACCCUCGCGCCCUGACCCGACUGGCCUGCAGCAUGCCCGCCUUCUUCUCCAGGCCUGUAACUUGCAUGUACGGGGUCUUCAGCAGAAGGCCCACUAUCUGGCGAGGUCCGACAAGUUGGCUCAUUUCCGCACACUCACUCUGGAGGCGACCAAACACUGGGAAGCCACCGGAGUCCCUUUGGAAUCCAUCCGGCAUCUCCGCUGGGCCUCACGCAAGGCACACGAGCGUCGGUCUGUUCACGCAGCCGGUGGAUUCGACAUUGAUAGUGAGUUGGAGGCCCAGUUCCGAGACCAGGAGGGGGCCAGUCUAGUCAGUCCAGCGCAGCUCUCCAGCGCCGCUGAGCGAUGGAUGCAUGGACCUCGCCUCCCGUGUGCCGAGGCGGUCCCCACCCUCUUGCAGAUGGAACAAAUGUGUGUGCGACAGGCGGCCGCAAAGGCCCCAGGACCAGACGGUCUGCGGAAUGAGCUGUGGCGGACGCAGGGAGCCUCAGCAGGGCAGUGGCUCUGGCCCCUGUGCGUGCGCAUCGCUCUCCAAGGGAGGGAGCCUUUUGAUUUUAAGGCGGCCAUUGUAUGCGCCCUCUACAAGAAGGGCCGAACGGCAUUGCGAAGCUAUGGCAUUCGAUUUGCGCUGGCUGCCUUCCGUUGUGCCUGGGACCUUUCCAUCUCGGCUGGCCGAUGUGUUGCCGUGGUCUUUGUCGAUAUCCAGGCCGCGUAUUAUGAGGCAAGCCGGGAUCUCCUCUUUGAAGGCUUCCCUGAUGACGCUGCCCUGCCAGAGCACCACCACCUUGCUGGGCUGGUUCUCAGUCUUCAACAGCAAGGGGCCCUUGCUGCCUUGGGCGUUGCGGAGGACGUUGUUGCACUCCUUCGCGACUGUGUAGCCCUCUCCCACUGGUCACUCUCUGGCUCUUCCAACAUUUUCCUUGCGUCACGGGGGUCUCGUCCAGGCGACGGCCUCGCUGACAUCCUUUUUGGAGCCCUUUUCGCUGUUGGCCUUCAGCAUAUCCAGCGCGCCGCCACCCGUCAGGGUAUUGUACACACUAGCGCCGGCGCUGAAGUUGGCCUCUCCCCAGGGAUCAAGCCCAUCGGUUGGGCUGACGACCUUGCGGUUAUGGCUGAUUUUGACCGACCAGCUGAUCUUCUUGCGCAACUGCCUGCGCUGGUCGGCAUUAUCCUUGACACUCUCCGACUCCUCCGAUUUCGUGUUAAUUUGGGUGCGGGUAAAACUGAGGCCCUUGUUGACAUCCGGGGGGAGGGUGCUCGAGCGGCCCGCGGUGCUCUUCUCACUGGCGACGCCAUGUUGAAGAUCUCUGAUUCUGACAGCAUCAAGUUGUGUCCCGAGUACAAGUAUCUGGGUGUGGCUCAGCUGCCUCGGGAUACGGGCCGCCGCGACUGCGAGCUUGCUGCCCAACGAGGCUCCGCUGCGGCCUCCCUUGCUCGCACUCUCCUCUGCAGCAAUUGUUUGCCCUGGGAACUCAAACGGGCCUGGGUCGCGGGACGAGUCCUGCCCUCAGCGUACUCCUCCCUUGCUCUGUCUCUGGCUGACUCCGGCCGCGCAACGGCCCCUCUUGCGGGUCUUUUUGAACGCACGGCCAGGAUCCUGUUGUCCUCAUGGCAGGUUGGGCACAAGCUCACCACCCCACUGCUUCGGCUCCUCGCUGACAUAACCCCUCCUGACCUGGCUACCACCAUCAGUCAGUGUCGCCUGUGCGUCCAGCUUUUCUGCAAGGCACCCACGGCAGUGCGUGACAUCGUCGACGCGGCGUGGAAUAGGGCCCUCCCUUGGUGCCAGGCCCUCGUCGCGGCAUGUAUGAGGGUUGGCGUUGCGCUUGCGGUUUGGGAUCCUACUUCCCCCCCCGCCGUCACGGCUUUGUUCGUCCAAGACCACAGCCGUGCUCUUCUUCGUGCCUGCAAGGCACUCAGCAAGUUCGGUCAUCGGUACAUUGCCUGUGCUCAGCUUUGGGAAGACCUCUCUACCCGCAGGGUCACCCAAAUCUUAGGUCCCCCCCAGGCUCAUCGAUGCCCUGUGUGCAGCAUCAUCUUCCCGAGCCUGCACGCGGUCCGAGCCCACCUGCAUCGCAAACAUGGUGUGCUGUCCGACGUGACGGCAUACAUGGCCGGCUCUGUCUGCCUCUGGUGCAUGCAGGACUUCCACUCUUCUGACCGGUUGAAAUACCAUCUGCAAUCCCACCGGGCCUGCUUGCACGGACUGCGGGUGACGGUGGGGCCUGUCUACCAAUAUGGGUCGGGCACUAAACGCAAGGGUAGAACGGCCCAUAGGGGUGUUCCCCCACAACGCCUAUGUGGGCCCUGCAAUGCCACGCCAGCACAGCGCCGUGCCGCGGAUUUGGGUCUGCCUGCUGAUGAGGAGGAGCUGCAACAGGAGUGGGAUGCUGUGCAGCGCUCGCCGGCCCUCUCCGACCUCGUCCCCGGCAACUUGCAACGGGCCGCUGCGGGGUCCUCCCUCGCUGCACCAACCCCUGCCGAACUUGGGCUCUCCCUCGCUACGGCCCCAGUCUCGGGGCCUUCCCUCUCCUGCAUCACCCCACCUCUUCCAUCUGUGGGCCCUCAACCUCCUUGGUUCUCAUUCGUUGAUGGGGCUGCCUCAGGCCAGGAUUGGGCUCUGCCUACGCCCUGGGUGGGGUCUUUCGUCUUCCCCCAUGCCGCCUUGAUCUCCUUCCGUAUGACCUGUAAGGUCGUUUUACGGAUGGGCGCCCUUUGGAUUCCCGGGCGCCCCAGUCAACAGGGCCUUGUCCUCUUGCGGCGAUUGCUUCCUUCCGCAGUCUUCCUGGACUUCUGGUCCCCUGCUGGUCCUGUGUUUCUGGCUGCGAGCUCUGCUUUCCUGGCCUCGUCUGCUCGCGCUGUCAUCGCCGGCUCUGCUCUUUCGGCCCCGUCCUCGCUCUCCGUGCGGGCUUUCUGGGCCUAUCCGGCGGCUUGA